GCGGAGCCAAGUAACUAUUGCUGGGAAAGCAGAGUUGGUGUAAAUAAGGGAGGAAGCAGCGGAUAACGGUAACUUUCCUGGACAGUAGUGAUCUCGGACUGAGCAACACCUUGAGCUGAGCUGGUGUCUAAUAUUUGCAGUUGAAGAUGUUGCGCUACAUCAUCAUCUUCCCUGUGCUUCUCAUGACGGCUGUAAAUGUCCAAGCACAGUGUGAGAGACCUGCUGGAGAAAACAUGAUUUUAAUUGAUGAAUCUGGUCAACAGACCUUUCCUGAUGGAUCCUCUGCAAGGUUCAGAUGUUCCACUGGUUAUAUACCUGUGAGAAUAUCAGCCUCCAGGUCAAUCACCUGCACCGGGACACAGUGGAGUGACCUCGCACUUCAAUGCAAAAAAAGAUCCUGUGGCCAUCCUGGCGAGAUUCCCAAUGGAAAGUAUUUGUUUCCAGAAGGAAUUCUUUUUGGUGCAACAAUCACAGCACAGUGUAAUGAAGGCUAUCGACCUAUUGGAAGCCAAGCAACUAGAAAUUGCAGAGAAUCAGGUUGGGAUGGGAGAACUCCUAUAUGUGAAGCGGUGAAGUGUGGAAAGCCUCCCAGUAUAAGAGGUGGAGUGUUUGAACCAGAUAACGAAGCAUAUGAUUAUGGAGAAGGAGUCACAUACUAUUGUGAUGGAGGUCUGGAUCUUAUUGGACCUUCAGAAAUAUCAUGUUCUGGUGAUGGAACUUUUCAGCCUCCUCCUCCUCAAUGUCGGCUUGUGACCUGUGAGAGACCAGCAAUCCCAAAUUCAUUUAGAAUAGGAGGAAAAGCACCACCUUAUAAAUAUAACAACUUUGUCCGCUACCGGUGUGAUAAAGGCUACAGAAUGGAAGGGUCUGAUUUCCUGACCUGUAAGGAAAAUGGGUGGGAUCCACCUCCUCCUCAGUGCAAUGUUGUAACAUGCUUAAAACCUCCUGAUAUAAGCAACGGAAUAUUUUACCCCCUGCGUGAUCUAUAUACAUAUAGUCAAACAGUCAUAUACCGGUGUAAUGAAGGGUUUAGACUUCGUGGAGCUUCAAGAACAGCAUGUACUGAGUAUGGAACAUUUCAGACUUUUCCUCAGUGUCAGGAGAUCACCUGUUCAUCCAUCAGAAAUGCAGUUAUCAGUGGAAGCUCAUCACCUUACAAAUAUGGUGUCUCAGUCCAAAUCAGGUGUAAUAAAGGCUACAGAUUAAUUGGGUCUGGUAACCUGACCUGUGGGGAACUUGGAUGGAAUCCACGUUCCUUACACUGUGCGGAGGUGACUUGUAAGGCACCCAGCAUUAACAAUGCAUUCAUAGUUGGAAGAAGGUCAUCAUCCUAUAGCUAUAGCAUGUCCAUCCAGUACAAGUGUAAUAGAGGCUACAGAAUGGAGGGGUCUGGCCGCCUGACCUGUGAGGAAAAUGGAUGGAAUCCACUUCCUCCAAAGUGCAACAUUGUAACCUGUUUAAAGCCUCCUGUUAUAAACAAUGGGCAAUUUAACCCCCUGAAGGAUCUAUAUGAAUAUGGAGAAACAGUCACAUACUCAUGCCAGACAGGGUUUACACUUGAUGGUGACUCAACAAUAUCAUGUACUGAUGGAAACUUUCAGCAUGCUCCUCAGUGUCAGGAGAUAAGUUGUGGUGAACCCCAAAUUGAGAAUGGAUUUAUAUUUGAAGAUAAUUCAACAUCUUAUGGAUAUAAAUCAUCAGUCCGUGUCCAAUGUAAUCCUGGAUACAAGAUGGAAGGGUCUGAUUACCUGACCUGUGAGGAAAAUGGAUGGAGUCCAUCUCCUCCGCUGUGCACUUUUAAAAAUUUCUGUGAAUCUCCUGGCAAGAUUCUCAAUGGACAGUAUUUAUUUCCAGAAGGAACUGAGUUUGGUGCCACAAUCACAGCACGGUGUAAUGAAGGUUAUCAGCUUGUUGGACGUCAAAAUAGAAUUUGCAGAGAAACAGGUUGGGAUGGGAACGUUCCUCUGUGCAAAGAGUUGAAGUGUCAGAAGCCUCCCAGUAUAACAAAUGGAACGUUUGAACCAGAGGAGGAAUCAUAUGAUUAUGGAGAAGCAGUUAUAUACUCUUGUAACAGAGAUCAUUAUCUCAUUGGACCUUCAGUAAUAACAUGCUCCAGUAAUGGAACUUUUCAGCCUCCUCCUCCUCGGUGUCUGCCUUUUACAGAAAAUUCCUGUGGAUCUCCUGGCAAGAUUCUCAAUGGAAAGUAUUUAAUUCCAGAAGGAAUUCUGUUAGGUGCAACAAUCACAGCACAAUGUAAUGAAGGUUAUCAGCUUGUUGGACAUCAAAAUAGAAUUUGCAGAGAAACAGGUUGGGAUGGGAACGCUCCUGUAUGUGAAGUGGUGAACUGUCAGAAGCCUUCCAAUAUAACAAAUGGAAUGUUUGAACCAGAGGAGGAAUCAUAUGAUUAUGGAGAAGCAGUUAUAUACUCUUGUAACAGAGAUUAUAGUCUCAUUGGACCUUCAGUAAUAACAUGCUCCAAUGAUGGAACUUUUCAGCCUCCUCCUCCUCGGUGUCUGCAGGUGACCUGUGAUGGACCCCAAAUUGAACAUGGAUUUAUAAAUAAAGCACAAUAUGAGAGACCUUUUAUUGGGGGAAACUGGGUUCUCACUCAUGAAUCGGGAUCCACUAUAACAUUCAGAUGUUCCGCUGGGUAUCGGCCUCUGUCGUCAAGUAAUUUCAACUCAAUCAUCUGCAAUGGAAAACAGCGGACUGGACUAAGCCUUCAGUGCGAAAAAAAAUCCUGUGGAAGUCUGGUUGACUUGCAAAAUGGAAAGUAUUUAACUCCAGGUGGAAUUCUGUUUGGUGCAACAGCCACUGCACAGUGUAACAAAGGAUAUGUGGUUGUUGGACCUGAAACUAGAAAUUGUCGAGAUGACGGAUGGGAUGGGAGACCUGCAGUGUGUGAAGUGGUUAAAUGUCAACCACCUCCCAGUAUACAGAAUGGACAGUUUGAGCCCAUGGAGGACUCUUAUAGUUAUGGUGAAGCAGUCGAGUACUCUUGUAGUGAAGAUUACACUCUUGUUGGAGAAUCAACAGUAACUUGUUCUGAGAAUGGAACAUUUUAUCCUUCUCCUCCUCAGUGUUUGGUAAUGCACCUAAAGUGUGAUGCACCUAAAAUAAAUAAUGCAGUUAGAAUUGAAGGCAGAGCACCACCCUACACAUAUAAACAGUUUGUGUGGUACAAGUGUAAUGAAGGCUACAAAAUGGAAGGGAGCGACUACCUGACCUGUGACGUAAACGGAUGGAAUCCUCCUCCUCCAGUGUGCAUUGAAAAAUCCUGUGGAAGUCUGGUUGACUUGCAAAAUGGAAAGUAUUUAACUCCAGAUGGAAUUCUGUUUGGUGCAACAGCCACUGCACAGUGUAACAAAGGAUAUGUGGUUGUUGGACCUGAAACUAGAAAUUGUCGAGAUGACGGAUGGGAUGGGAGACCUGCAGUGUGUGAAGUGGUUAAAUGUCAACCACCUCCCAGUAUACAGAAUGGACAGUUUGAGCCCAUGGAGGACUCCUAUAGUUAUGGUGAAGCAGUCGAGUACUCUUGUAGUGAAGAUUACACUCUUGUUGGAGAAUCAACAGUAACUUGUUCUGAGAAUGGAACAUUUUAUCCUUCUCCUCCUCAGUGUUUGGUAAUGCACCUAAAGUGUGAUGCACCUAAAAUAAAUAAUGCAGUUAGAAUUGAAGGCAGAGCACCACCCUACACAUAUAAACAGUUUGUGCGGUACAAGUGUAAUGAAGGCUACAAAAUGGAAGGGAGCGACUACCUGACCUGUGACGUAAACGGAUGGAAUCCUCCUCCUCCAGUGUGCAUUGUAAUCAAGUGUGAUGCACCUGAAAUAAAUAAUGCAGUUAGAAUUAGCUACAGCACACCACCCUACACAUAUAAACAGCUUGUGUGGUACAAUUGUAAUGAAGGCUACAUAAUAGAAGGGAGGAACUUCCUGAUUUGUGACAUAAACGGAUGGAAUCAUCCUCCUCCAGUGUGCAUUGAGAGAACCUCAGAGAGAGAAACGCAGAGAGAAAAGAGGGAAGAGAAAACAGCACCCCAGGAAUCGACGGAAGAAGGCUCUCAAGAUGCUGUUGAACAGGAGCAGUGCUUUGAAGCCUUGCUGCAGACUCAGCAGGAGGCUCAUCAGGUGUUCUGGAACUUGCUUGCAUUGGUGGGCCCCCAAGCCGCCGUGUCUGCAGGCUUCCCCCAUGUCACCCUGAAAACUAUGGGGCCUUGCAAUGACCCAGAGGCCUUCCUGGUGCUCUUUGAGCAAGUUGUGGAGGUGUGGGAGUGGCCAGUCGAGCAAACAACACCACUACUGAUCCUUGUCCUGGUUGAAAAAGAAAAGAUGUGCGACAGGCCGUGGUACAGGCUGAUCAUCUUCCUAAUAUGUCUCAUGAAAGUUGCAGAAAUUAAAGCACAAUGCGAGAGACCUGAUGUUGGGGAAAACAGGGUUAUAGUCGAUGACUCUGGUCAGGAGACAUUCCCAAAUGGGUCCACUGUAACGUUCAAGUGUUCUGUCGGUUAUCGGCCUGAGAGUUCAUUAGCGUCCAAGAGUAUCACCUGUGUUGGAACCGAGUGGACCAAUCUGGAGCUUAAUUGCACAAAAAAGUCCUGUGGACUUCUUCCUGAGCUUGCCAACGGGAAGUACACUUAUCCAAAUGGACAUCUGUUUGGUGCAACAGCCGAAGCACAGUGUAAUGAAGGAUAUAUGCUUGUUGGACAAAACACUAGAAAUUGUCUUGAAAAUGGAUGGGAUGGGAGAGACCAUGUGUGUGAAGCGGUAAAAUGUGAACCACCUCCCACUAUACUGAAUGGAGAGUUUGAGCCUCUGGAACCAUCCUAUAAUUAUAAUCAAGCAGUCAUCUACUCUUGUAGCGGAGAUUUCACUCUUAUUGGAGAAUCCACAAUAACCUGUUCUGAUAAUGGAACCUUUCAUCCUUCUCCUCCUCAGUGUAAAUUGAUAGUGUGUGACACACCCAACAUUAAAAAUGCAGUUAGAGUUGAAGGAAAACCACCACCCUACGGAUAUAAAAAUUUCGUCCGAUACCAAUGUAUUGAAGGGUACACCAUGACUGGAUCUGAUUACCUGGUCUGUGAUGUAAAUGGAUGGAAUCCACCUCCCCCUGAGUGCAUCUCACAAUGUAAGAGACCUGAUGUUGGGGAAAACAGGGUUAUAGUCGAUGACUCUGGUCAGGAGACAUUCCCAAAUGGGUCCACUGUAACGUUCAAGUGUUCCGUUGGUUAUCGGCCUGUGAAUUCAUUAGCAUCCAAGAAUAUCACCUGUGUUGGAACAGAGUGGACCCAACUGGAGCUUAAUUGCACAAAAAAGUCCUGUGGACUUCUUCCUGAGCUUUCCAAUGGGAAGUACACUUAUCCAAAUGGACAUCUGUUUGGUGCAACAGCCGAAGCACAGUGUAAUGAAGGAUAUAGGCUUGUUGGACAAAAAACUAGAAAUUGUCGUGACAGUGGAUGGGAUGGGAGAGACCCUGUGUGUGAAGUGGUAAAAUGUGAACCGCCUCCCGCUAUAUCGAAUGGAGAGUUUGUGCCCGUGGACACAUCCUAUAAUUAUAAUCAAGCAGUCGUGUACUCUUGUAGUGGAGAUUACACUCUUAUUGGAGAAUCCACAAUAACCUGUUCUGAUAAUGGGACCUUUCAUCCUUCUCCUCCUCAGUGUAAAUUGGUAGUGUGUGACACCCCCAACAUUACAAACGCAGUUAGAGUUGAAGGAAAACCACCACCCUACGGAUAUAAAAAUUUCGUCCGAUACCAAUGUAUUAAAGGGUACACCAUGACUGGAUCUGAUUACCUGGUCUGUGAUGUAAAUGGAUGGAAUCCACCUCCCCCUGAGUGCAUCCUUAAUAAAAUUCCAUCCACCACAUCUCCACCAUCAGAUGGCAACUGUGUGAAGCCCAGUGCAAUAAUGUUGGCUGUUGUAUCCAUUGUUGUCCUCCUAGGACCAAAGGAUUCAUUCUGACUGAUGCCAAACUGCUUUGAUAAGAGGAGGAGGUCUUGUAUAAAUGAUGUUCGCAAUCGGCAGGAUUUUGUCUGUGCUUUUCAGGAAAGGUUGUUGUUUUAAAAAGGGUACUUUUUCCUAGAUUUUGAAUAAAUUUGCACUUCGAGAGAAUUUCAGAUCUUAUAGUCUUGAUUUUCUUAAGCUGUCAAUCUCUUUAACAGUGUCUGUACAGCUUUGAACUGUAAUCCUUAAUUUAUAAAAAUAAGAGGUAUGAGUGUUUUGAAGUUAUCUAGUAUUGUUUGUAAUUAUCACGCUUCAUCAGAUGAAAGUGUCGCCUCUUUUCACAGUUUUGACUGCACAAGUGAAGACUCACUGUAGUCCUGUCAGCCACUGCCUUCUGUAAAACAUUCAGUAUAGGAAUCAACAGCCAAUGCAGAGGAAAAAGUAUUUAAAAGUUUAGCUUAGUUUAGUAGAGCCAAAAUUAAUUUUUAAAACUGAGUGCAUUUUUUUUUUAUUUUAAAUUUUAUAUAAAUAGACUGGAAUUUUGGUGCAUUUGUACAAAUUAACAAAAACUUGCACGAGGUGGUUCUUGAAUACUUUUUCAAUGCCACCCUGCUUUUCUUAUUAGUUAGCAUGCUUAGAAUGGAAGUCAUUGCAUUUUCCCUUUUACGUAUUAGCAUUUGGAAAUAUAAUCUUCAAAAUUGAGUCUUAAACCACUGGUUAUAGAACCAUUUACAGAUUUGUACACUAUGGCCAAAAGUAUGUGGACACCUGACCAUCACAGCUAUAUGGCCAUCCCAUUCCAAAACCAUGGGCAUUGAUAUGGAGUUGGCAAUGGGUGUGGCUGAAGAACAACUUCUUUUAUCAAUCACAUGUGCACUUGAGCACAGUGAAAUUCCUCUGGAGUAAUGAACACGCACCCAGAGCAGUGGGCAGCUAUGAUUCAGCACCCGAGGAACAGUUUGGGGUUAAAUUAAAUUCAAUGAUUUUUUCGCACUUUCACAUCAUUAAUACACGUCGGGCUCUGUGUGGAAACACCUGUUACAACACGCUGACACUGGAGAUGCUAUAGUACACUUAUGCCUGACUAUCCACCAUUCAAGUCCCAAUAUUAAACAUGUUAAUAUUAACCUCUGAUUUGUGCCUCGCUCAAGGGCACUUCAGCCCAAGGCCACCCCAUGUUAACCUAUCAGCCUGUCUUUGAACUGUGGAGGGAAACCCAUGCAGAUAUGGGGAGAACAUGCAAACUCCACACAGGAAGGCCCCCAUUGGCUGCUGGGCUCAAAGCCGGAACCUUCUUGCUGUGAGGUGACCGUGCUAACCACUACACCACCAUUCCACCCAAACACUUGAACUCCGUAAUUAGGAGGGGUGUCCACAUACUUUUGGUCAUAUAAGAGAUUUUUGGCUCUGGAAAAUCCACACCUUAAUGAAUGUUUACCUCGAAGUGCCUUGGUGUAAUCGAAAAAGGAUUGAUUUUUCUGCCAUGGUUUUGUGGCUGUGUGUUUUAUAUACUACUUAUGACUAAUGACUUAAUUUGUUCCUUACUGUAAUCUUAAGUUACAUAAAUGGCACAUUUUGUAUUGUUAUGCUGAAAGUUUGCAUUUCAUGUUCAAACAGAUACAAAAUACACCAGACUGUUUGUAAAAUAUACACACCCAUAUGCAUUAUAUAAAACCUCU